AAGCUCCCUAGAUCUUUUCCGGGUCGAGGAGGAGUUAGUCCACCUAUGAAUGCGAGCUAACGGCCUUACAUAUACAGCUGAAACAACCAGAAAGAACACAUAUUGACACCGCAGAACAUUCCAGUGUGUAGUUCUGUAAGCCCAUGACACAGCGAUGCCGGGGCUCAGCUGUCGAUUUUACCAGCACCGGUUCCCAGAGGUGGAGGAUGUCGUGAUGGUGAACGUGCGUUCCAUCGCAGAGAUGGGCGCGUACGUCAGCCUCUUGGAGUACAACAACAUCGAGGGCAUGAUCCUCCUGAGCGAGCUGUCGCGUCGACGUAUCCGCUCCAUCAACAAGCUCAUCCGCAUAGGUCGCAACGAGUGCGUCGUGGUCAUCCGAGUCGAUAAAGAGAAGGGAUACAUUGAUUUAUCGAAAAGAAGAGUUUCUCCAGAGGAGGCCAUCAAGUGUGAAGAUAAAUUUACCAAAUCUAAAACUGUGUACAGUAUUCUGCGACAUGUGGCAGAAGUGCUGGAAUACACGAAGGACGAGCAGCUGGAGAGCUUGUACCAGCGCACCGCCUGGGUGUUCGAUGAGAAGUACAAGCGGCCCGGUUAUGGAGCUUAUGAUGUCUUCAAGCAGGCUGUGUCAGAUCCUGCCAUUCUGGAUGGCCUUGACUUAACGGAAGAGGAGAGAAACGUUCUGAUCGACAACAUCAACAGACGACUCACUCCACAGGCUGUCAAAAUCAGAGCAGACAUCGAGGUGGCGUGUUACGGGUAUGAGGGCAUCGAUGCGGUGAAGGAAGCUCUGAGAGCCGGACUCGGCUGCUCCACAGAGGCCAUGCCCAUCAAGAUCAACCUGAUUGCUCCCCCACGCUACGUGAUGACGACCACCACCCUGGAGCGCACGGAAGGUCUGUCCGUCCUGAACCAGGCCAUGGCUGCCAUCAAGGAAAAGAUCGAGGAGAAGAGGGGCGUCUUCAACAUCCAGAUGGAGCCCAAAGUGGUCACAGACACAGAUGAGACGGAGCUCGCCCGGCAGCUGGAGAGGUUAGAGCGUGAAAAUGCAGAGGUGGACGGAGACGACGAUGCUGAAGAGAUGGAGGCCAAAACUGAAGACUAACCUGUCGUCUGAGAGAAGAAGAAGUGUGGACUGACUCCGCCCCAAAUUCCCAACUAAAUUAUCUGUAGUUUAUUGGAAAACAUCCGUUUUACUAGCAAGAGGCAAGAAAAAAAGCCAAACACGGAGACCCGGAUGGUAAAUUAAAUCAAACGCAUUCGAAUAAUAGAAAGCUGUUUCCAGCAGUGGCCUUCACCCGCCUUCCUUUGACUUCAGUAUCCAUGGCGAUUCAUCUUUAGGGUCACAGGAUGUGACUGCAUGGAAGGUUUGUGCAGCAGUCGGUGAAUUUGUGUGCGAGUUCUCUUCCAGUCUCAAGGUGUUAUUCAUGAAACCAAUAAAGUUCUGGAAGUUUUGA